AUGACGGGAGCGCGUUCGCGCGAGGGCGAGGAUGAGAGUGGGCCGCAAAUGCCGCAGAAGAAGCACUUUCGCUCACGCGCACACUCCAACGUGCUCAACGCCAACGACUUUUGGUUCCCAGCUCGUCCGCAGGACGUGCCCUGGGGCGAGUACUUUCCGCAGCGUGCCAGCGGCGAGCGGGCAAAGACCUUCCCGUCCCAGCUGGUCCUCGGCAUCGAGAUCCGACCGAAGCUCGUCGAGUACGUGCAGAAGCGGGCCCUCGCCCUCCGACACGAGGCUGCGCAGGCGACGGCUGCUGACGCCGCCGACGCCGCCACGUACGAGAACGUGUGGGCGCUGCACAACAAUGCAAUGCGGUUCAUGCCAAACUUCUUCGAGAAGGGCCAGCUGAGCAAGAUCUUCAUCUGCUUCCCCGACCCCCACUUCAAGCGGAAGAACCACCGGAAGCGAAUCAUCUCGCAGCCGCUGCUCGCCGAGUUUGGGUACACGCUCUCGGCCGGCGGCCACCUGUACGCCAUCACCGACGUGGCAGAGCUGAUGGAGUGGAUGGUGGGCCACCUCACCGCCUCGCCUCUCUUCGAGCGCCUCUCGCGCGACGAGCUGCGCGCCGACCCGUGCGUGCCGCUGCUUAUACACACGGACGAGGGCCAAAAGGUGCAGCGCAACAACGGCAACAUGUACAUCUCCGUCUUCCGCAAGCGCGCGGACCCGGCGGCGCCCCGUGACGAGCCGCCGCUCCUGGGGAACGACGUCGCCGCAAUCGCUGCCGCGGACGCCGGCUACGCGCCUGAGGCGGGCGGGGAGCGGCGAGGGAUGACGUGGUAG